CACGAGGAGUAUUUUAACAAUACACCUUAAUGGGCUCUGAAACGGAGUUUCGGGCGGCCCGGACCAGAAUUAUGAGUUGAGCGUCCAAAGACAUUCAUUCUGAGGUUUUACACAUUUUGUGGGUAUGGGUUUACGAGAGAGCAGAGCAGCGGCGGCCAUGGAAGACAACAAUCUCUCCGCCGCAAAACCAAACCCCGGCCAGCCAACCACGACGCCUCCCUCAAAAUCCGGGCCAAACGGCGUCAACCCGGAACCGGAAACCCUAGGUUCUCAACCCCCGAUCGGCGAAUCUCCAGAUCCCCCAAAGAACGAUCAAGAAUCCCAAGAAGAUGGAAUCGCCGCCGCGGGGGCGGCGGAAGGGGAGGAGGAGGACGAGGAGGAAAAAGGAGAAUGUGGGUUUUGCUUGUUCAUGAAGGGGGGCGGUUGCAGGGAAACGUUCAUCGAUUGGGAGAAGUGCGUGGACGAGGGGGAGAAGAACAAAGAGGACAUUGUGGAAAAAUGCUUUAAGGAAACCUCUGCUCUGAAGAAGUGUAUGGAAGCUCAUGAAGAUUACUAUGGCCCACUUUUGGUUGCCGAGAAGGAGGCCGAGGCCGAGGCCAUCAGAGAAUUGGAGGAGGAGAAGAAGGAGAAGGAGAAAGCCGAGGAAGGAAAUGCCGAACAGGAGGGUUCUAAGAAAAAAGAGGAGUCUUGAAAUUGGUAACCAGAAGUUUUGUUUAUCUUCUUUUUGUUUAUUGUUACUACUAUAUCAAUGCUGUUAUUUCCAGCUACACAAUGGUUUUGAUUGAGAGGGGAUGUUAAGUGCAGAUGAGAUGUGAGUUUGUUCCUAACAUUGAUAAUUUUCCAAAUAAUUGUAUCCAAAGUAACUGAGUUGAUCCAUUC